AUGGCAAAGUUUUUAGCUACAAUUAAAGCCAUUAUUACGCGUUUAGUUUUUGCCGCACAUGGUUUUAUUGGUAUAUGGCAGGUCACGAUUUUUAAGAAAAAUUCUUUUUAUUGGUACCUAAGUUCACCUAUUUUGUUGUUAUUUUUUGAAGGUAUUUUCACCCUCACUAUUAAGGAGAACCAGGAGUGGAAAUGGUUCUGCCCUUCUGUAUUUUUAUACUUAUCCAGCAUAGUCCCUGCCAUUUGGCUUCUGGAGUUGGACAAAGUCGAUAGACGUCUCAAAGUAAAAGAAGAAACGUUCAAUUUAACAUCGGCCGCAGGAGCAAACCUCAAAGAACUCAACAAUCUAAUUGGGUAUAAAUUGCCAGAAAUUUCUCUCAGCACCGAAACAUGGAUUACAUUAAUAGAACAGUUUUUAAUGUUAAUUCUUAUUAUUGGAAGGUGGAUGUUGCCAAAAGGCGAUCUCACCCGGGACCAACUAAGCCAACUCUUGCUCGUCUAUAUUGGUACAGCUGCAGAUAUAAUUGAGUUCUUCGAUUCAUUUAAGGAUGAUAAAAUUGCUGCAGAACCUGUUCUAGUUCUAUUAACAUUGGCCAUUUGGUCGUGGAGCUUAAUGCAAUUUACUGUCGUUCUAACUGCUACAAAGUCUAGGAAGUCCCGCUUAACCACGACGGGAUCUAUUAUUAAGCAAUCACAAAGUUGUUGUUCCAUUGACGUUUGGGGAAUUGCUUUGAAUAUUGGUCUUCAAGAUGCACCAUUUUUGGUCUUCAGAUUGUUAUUGAUAACUCAUUUCCAAAUAAUAUCUUAUAUGAAUAUCUUCUUCACGUGCAAAAACACUUUGGUCAUACUGCUCCAGAUUUACAGAUUGUAUGUCGUUUAUAGUGAACACCGUAAGUCGAAGAAGAAAGACAAUUUCGAACUGACUAACAUAUCCAUAAUAUCAAAAUCUGAGUUGUUUGAUGACAGAAGAAAACGCAGGACAGGAAGAAGAAACGGAAGUAAAGAGAACAGAAGUUAUAAUGAUUCGGACAGUUUUAGCAGUGACGACAGCAACGGCGAUUAUAGGAGCAAAACGAAGAAGAUGAAGAACAGCAGGAAAGAUACAGGUUAUUCAACUGCCAGUUCCCACAACAGCACCAGAAACAUGAACAAAAAAAAUCAAAUAAAAAAAUCAAGCCGAGAAAAUUCGAAAAGUCGCGAAAACUCCAAAGAUCGUUUGGACGAGAAAAAAUCAUCGAAGAAAAAACUGACACGAACGGAUAAAGAAACUAAGGGCAGAAGAAAAGUCGCGGACGCCUUUUCUGAAGAAAGUGAAAGUGAGAUAUUGUCGUGUGCAGAAGAGGAAACCGAAGUUAAAAAGGAGAAGAGUAAAAAGAAGAGUGGUAAAUCGAAGAACUACGGAAGGGAAGCCACAGUUUCAGUGUCUAGCAGUGAUGCUUCAUCGGAAUGACGCCAUCAACUAGCCAUUAUGGCUAUAUUCUGCUUGUAUUUGUUUAUCUUUGUUUGUUGCCUGUUUUUCAUAUAUUGCGGAAUUAAUUCCGAAGGAUUAGUUAUAGCAAAGGUGCACAGAACUAAUAAGACACAAGUGUAACUUUUCGUAGUACACAAUAGCAAUUCGUUGUCUAGAAAAUAUGUCUAUGUGUUGUGGAUUUGUAUCGACGUCAAUAAAAUGUUUGAAAUUCGU